CUCUUCUGGUUCUGCAUCCUUAGCAGUCGCACUGCCUGCUGCCCCUGAUGCUGACAUGUCGCAGUGUUCAUUCAGCAAGGAUGAAGAGGUUGGCCUGCCUAACGGUGAGGUGCUCUCAAGGGCCGCCUCAAAAAAGGACUUCCAUUUGGUUCGGAGUUUCACCAACGCAAUAUGGUGGACAGAUGCCGGCGCGCAUAGGAGCUUCACGGGAACAAAUCGUUUUGUAGGAGAAGGCGGCCAGAAGCCUGCACAGCAGUCAUUGUCCCCACACAAAGUGGAAGCAGAUAGAGUCUCUUCAAGGCACUACAGUGCUGCCCAAAGCCUUUCGGAAGAGGAAGCGAAACAGGCCGCCCAGAACCACCAGGCUUUUUGCUGUCCCAGAAGACAUCCAUGUUGA